UGGUGUAGCUGUGCAUCUAUGCUGACUUAAAGUAUAAAACCAGUAUUUUUAACUUGUUCUCUAUUGGUACGUAUUUGUAGGUGUAAAUGGUUCAUGGAGGUAGAAAUAAAUGGACAGAUGAAAUCCAAACAGCUGCAAUGCAAUCUCUUCCCGCGUGAUUUCAGAACUUCAACAAGCUUCAACAACUUCUGUCACACGUUGGACACACAUCUGUCUCUGUAGAAAACCAAAUCUGUCAUGUUCUUAUAAUCACAAUCAUCACCUCACCUCAGGUCUUCUUCUCUGCCUCAACUUCAACUGAGGCUUCACUUAGACAAAGAACUUUUUCUUUUCUCCACAGAUCAUCAUGAUGGAAGUCUUCACUGGUCAAACCCACAUAUGUCAUCCAGCAGAAUAUCAGACAGGGAAUCACUGUUGUAUUACAUGUCCUCCUGGAAGUCGUGUUUUAAGACAUUGCUUCCAGUACAGAACUAGUGCCUGUCUGCCCUGCAGUGAUGGACGCUUCAUGAACACACGCACUGGACUUACGCAGUGCUACCCUUGUACAAACUGUGAUGCAGGUUCUGGUCUGAAGGUAAAGACUUCAUGUACAACAACAUCAGACACAGUUUGUGAACCACUGGAGGGAUUCUUCUGUAUCGACUCUACAGAGAACAACUGUGCAGCAGCACAGAAACACAGCAGCUGUCAGCCAGGACAAUACAUCAACAAAACAGGUUGGUAUGUUUGUGGUAAGACUUUUGAUGUGAAUCAGGAAACCUUCAGCUGA